AGAAGUGUAUUAACUAGCACAUAAAUAUAAAAAGAUGGGUAUGCAUUUAGAUGACAGCUUCCAGUUCCUAGUUGAUCAAGAUGAAGUCAAUUUCAAAGUUGUACAGCAGUUGAACUCUGUCUUUGGAAAUGACUUAAAGUGUCUAGAAAAGGCAAGUGGCUUGGUCAAAGAGCUGACCAGGACAAAAGAAGAACUGGAGAAAAGGUUGCGCUUUGCAACAACUGAAGCACCAGACAAGAUCACAAAGGCUGUGAAAGCUGCUGAUGAAGCACUGAAGAAGAAGGAGAAGAUGGUAAAGGAAUGUGAUCAACUGAAAUUAAAGGUUGCACAGCAUAAUAAAAAAGUUGGGAAACUUCUAGAAGAAAUAGGACCAGGAGUUCGCAAAGUACGAGAACUAGAACGUGUUCAGGUGUACCAGCAGUUUGUAAAUGCAGUAGAUGAACAAAGUAAAGAGAUAGAAACCUCAUUACAUAUAGGGGCGGAAGGUCAGGCUCUGCUUGGUUAUAGUCGACUGAGAGAUAAAGCCAAGCUGAUUCAAGAAUCCAAUUGUUCGAAUCUUGUUGCCUUUGUCACCAACACCCUUCUCCAUUGGCAUCAAGUUUUCACUCAGAGGUUUACAAGUGAAUUUGAGGAUGUAUUGAAGGUAAUCAAAUGGCCUUUUACAACUUCCAACACUACUGUGCAUCAGACUCCAGCCUCACCAGAGUCCAUUCAGAGACUUUGUACCCUCACUCAGUAUCUUCUACAAAUUACUCUCCCAGAUGAUAUAGCUAAAGAAAAUGCCAGGCAGCGUGACUUGUCCAUUAUGUCACCUGCUGUGGUAGCAGAUUUUGAACCUCCAUUGUUGCCUAUACAGCUACUUGUGAAACCACUGGAGGUGCGCUUUUUCUACCACUUCAGUGGAAAUAAAGUCACAAACAGCAGAGAAAAUCCUGAAUGGUACUUUACACAAGUUCUAAAGUGGAUUUCUGCCCAUGAAAGCUUCCUAAACUCAAGAAUUCAACAAGUUCUCAAUAGAUAUGGAUACCAGAAUACUUCUGCUAAGGUGGAGUUCAUGAGAGGUUUGGUGCGUCUUUUGGUCCUUAAGUUAGCGUCUGAUCUUCCUGAAGUUCAGUAUGAUGAUGAUCUCUUCUGCAGUACUGUUCAGGAGACUCUCAACUUUGAACGUGAAAUAAGUGUGACGUAUUAUUAUCCUGCUUCCCAGCCUUCUGUUCUGUCAGUACUCACACAGGCCCAAAACUUUGCUCGUUGGAUACACAUCGAGAGGAAAUUUGCUCUAGAGUUGAUGGAUGAGUUUGUGUCUGAUGAUGGUGCGUGGCUUGCAAUGGAGGGUGGUGAAGCAGCGCACUGUGGAGAGCAGCUCAUCCUCCUUGUACAGGGCAUUACUGAUCGCUAUAAGAGACUUCCUCAGCCGGGACAUAGGUUACAGUUUCUGGAGCUGCAACUUGAGCUUCUGGAUGAUUUUCGAGUGCGAGUGUUACAGGUGAUGAAGAGUGAGCGACAAGAUCCUUUAAACUCGCACUACCCAGCCAUUCUCAACACUGUGCAUCAUAUUGCUGCAACUCUCACUGACUGGGCCGAUCUUCCGUUCUUUGUGGAGAUGCAGUACUAUAGAGAACAGUUCAGCCACAUCCAGGACCAAACCACGGCAGCACUGGCUGGUUAUGAAACGGCAAGGUCUACCUCUCCAGAUGACCCUUCGUCGUUCACCUUUCAUUCGCCAGAUGUUUCCCUUUUGAAUACAACGGUCUCACCUGAGGUCUUGGCCCGGCAGGAUGCCUUAGAUUCGCUCAACACAAAUACAGAAGCACCAACUGCAGCUCGACUGGCAGAGGUUUCAGGCUCGGUAUUUGACAGCACAGUUGACUUGUAUACACACAUCCAGGGUGAGAUGGUCCGCAAUCUUGCCAGCUAUGUAUUUACGGAGGUUCGUGCUCGGAGCCAACCAUACAGGAAGGACAAGUGGUUUUAUACUACAAACCCAAAGGCACUGCUAGACUCGAACAAAAUAACUGAUCCAAGUCCCAGUAUUUGUCCAAUGUUGGAGGUGCUUGCAAGACAUCUUCAUGCACUCAGAGAUGUAUUGGCAACUCCUCUUUUCACACAGUUAUGGAAGAUUGUUGCUGAUACCCUCAACAAGUAUGUGUACGAAGAGGUAAUUCUCCAGACACGGUUUAGUGAUACUGGUGCUGCUCAGUUCAAGUUUGACAUGUUACGUGGCUUAUUCCCAAUCUUUGGGGAAUUUACACAGAAACCAGAAAAUUUCUUCAAGUUAGUCAAGGAAUCCGUGAUCUUACUCACCUUGCCACAUGCAACAACUUUUCUUCUGAGGGACACCAUACGUAUGUGGCGCGAUGACCAAGAUGCUUUCAGCCUUGUUAUUUCACCAGUAAAAGCCUUGGCUGAGCAGGGUGUGACACUCCUCACUCCAAAAGAAGCGGACGUAGUUAUGAACAUCAGAAUUUAUGAGCAAAAUAGGAUGGGUUCAUAGGCUGCUGGAGUAGUGUUGAGCAUGUCCAGCAUGCACAACACAAUGUAGAUAAAGGGAUUACUUUAGGUGACACCAACUUCUUUAAAAUGAAACCCAAGUAAAAAUCACAAUACUUUCUGCUCAACUUUUUGUUUUCAUAUAUGAUAAAAAUAUAUACAUUCAUGAUAAUAACCAAUAACAAUCUUCACUCUGAUGUCUCGGCUCUCUUGCUUGCAAAAUGAUUUUUUAAUUUUUUUUUAGUAUGAUGUAAUCAUUAAUUUCAAACAUGCUGAAUGAAAAAUGUUAAUGAGUUUUUCUUUUUUGGCUAUAAGUUUAGAAUGAAAUUAGAGCUCCAGUUUUGUAUUAUAAAAGGAAAUGGCAAUUGUAGUAAGUUCUGUAUGUGUAUUAUGUAUACAUUUAUGUUAAUGUGAAAUAAAUUUUUUGUGGAAAAAAG